GCGACAAGUCAAAUCGAAUGAGCUCUCCGCACUGAGGCAGACGGACGUGUUAGUGUUUUGCUGAGGAGUCGUUGGAGUUUGACACUACAAAGGAGGACAAGAGAAAAUCUGCAUUCAUUAACCUGGCUGAGGCUUUACCAUGGACGUCGUCACAGUUUCAACAAGAAACUACUCCAAAAACAAGGGAAACAAGGAAAAUGCUCAGCCGACACUUGGAAGAAAGACUAGUGUUAAAAGAGAGAAAAAUUCUGCUCCUCCCUUCCAACUGAAAAGUAACAAAAAAGAGGAGACCCUGGCCAAAAGUGGGCCGCUCAAAGCCAAAGAAAAACAAACAGACACUAGGUCAACUUCUGGCGAGGCUCUGAAAAAGACUGUGCAGAGAAAUGUGAGAGGAGCUACAGUUACUGAGGUCAAACAACGUCAAACACACAGCCAGGCCUUCCUCUCUGAACAGGCUGUGAGACACAAAAAGAUGGUCGCAGAAGCUCCAAAGCCUCCAGCUGCAGUGACAUCAUCAAAACCUGCUCCUGGCACGUACAAAGGAAGGAUUGUCCAGUCGAAAAUCGGAUCCAUUUGGAGGUCAAGUGUUGCUGUGGGCGCGGUGGAUCCCAAGCCGUCAGCACCAAAAACAGAGAUCCAAAGGGUUGGAAAUGUAACUAAAAUAAGGUCCAAGUCUGCUGUGGACGCCCUGGGGAAUGGCACACAAAAGCCUGUACCUCUAAGGUCAGUGUCAGAGAAACCUGCUCUGGUGUCCAAGCGCCCCGUCACCAGCCGUCCUCCUGCUGGAUUCCGCUCUGCUCGCCCUCCUGUCAGAACCAUCCCAGCAACUCUGACCAGUACCAGCACCAGAAACACUAAAGUGGCUCCCAUCAAGGCGAGUGGGGGUCUGAACUCAAAGCUGAAGGUUUCAGUGACGGACAGGAAGCUCAACAAACCUCCUGUCUCGAGCACCAUCAGUCAGUACAGAUUAAACGUGGAGAGUGCUGAGGAGAGAAGAGCUAAACUUGCAACUUGGCAGGCUUCCAAGGGCAAGACGUUCAAAAGACCAGCCAUGACAGCAGCAGUACAACCGAAAACCAAAGUCUCUGCUAAACCGGACUGUGUGUGUGGGCCUAAACCUCAGUGUCAGUCUCUUGUUAAGACUCGGCCAGCUCAAGCAAGCAGCAUUGAUCCUGAGCCCGGUCUGGAAGCACAGAAUACUUGGAGAGCAGAGGUGGCAUCACACAGCCAGACUCCAGCGGUCAUGAACACGACGCUGGACUUGCUUGAAAACUCUGAUGAUGUGUUUUAUGGCCAGCAGGACGGAGUGGAUGAUAUUGUUGUGAACCUGUGCGACGCUUUGGAGGCCUUGGCCACACCCUCAGGAUGCAGUGAUGAAGUUUCACAGAUGACAGAUGUGUGCAGAGAGGUCGAAGUUGAAAACGGAAAUGAAGACAAAGAUUGUGAAGGAGAGGAGGAGCUGAAGGAUGAAGGACCUGAGAAUGUUAGCGAGCAGCUGAAGGAUGAAGUGGAAGUGGAUGAUGUGGAGGAAGUAGAAAGUGAUGAAGGUGUGAUGGAGACGACGCCGCACAAGGAAGACGCAUCAGUAGUUAAGUACAGUGUGAAGACCACACCUUACCUGCAGAGUGUGAAGAAAACAAUUGAAGGGGGGGAGGUCAGCAUGAGCACAUCCAAGAGGAAGAGUUACAUCAAAGAUCUGAAGUUUCUGACCCCGGUACGUCGUUCCUGCCGCAUCGAGCGUAAAUCGUCUCACCUGCCCACCAUGCUGCUGGAUCACGACCCCUGCGUGUCGUCUCUGGCUGGGCUGGCGCAGCUGGACGACGAUCCAAACGCCUACAUCUUCAGAAAGAACCCUGCACUGUUAGAAGAGCUGCCCGACCAGCCCAGAAUGUGAGGAGCCGUUUAAUGUGCUGUUCUAAAAGAAUCUUUUAUAAAUGUACAGGACUGACGCUAAUGGACACUUUAUACUGUGGUGUUUUAAUGUGAUUUUACUUAUUGUCAUUAACAGCGAUUUAAGAGAUUAUUUUCUGGUCUGAAUGUAUAAUAAAGACACUGUUUAUCUUAAUAUAACAUUGACAUGUGUUGCCUCAACACUACAAUAAAAGAAAAUUGUGUCGUUUUAAA